CACUUCCCUGGGGCUGCCAGCCCCUCUCGCUUGGCUCCAGCUCUGCGGCCGCCGGCCUCGGGACGAGGGACUGCACCGUCCUCCACUCCCAGCAAGGGGGCUCCAGAGACUGCCCAGCCGGGAAGUCUGGUUGCCUGGGCAUUCGGACAGUCCCUUGGUAAUGUCCAGGGCUCCAGGAAGAGAUGUCCUUGUGGCUGGAGGCCCCUGUGCCUGAUGUUUCUCCUGACUCUGUGGUGGAGCUCUGGGAACCAGAUGUGCAAGAUGCAAGCAACCAGGCGCUGGGAGGCAGCAACUGCAUCCUCAGGGAGGAAGCCAGAGUGCCCCAGCCUCCCCAGGGCACUUCAGAAGUGGGACUGGAGGCAACAGAACCCACAGCCCUGCUCCCCAGGGCAAAGGCCCCUUCAGAGUCCACAGAGCUCCGUCCACCAAAACGGAAAAAGGGACCGGCCCCCAAGAUGCUGGGCAACGAGCUGUGCAGUGUGUGUGGGGACAAGGCUUCAGGCUUCCACUACAAUGUGCUGAGCUGUGAGGGCUGCAAGGGAUUCUUCCGCCGCAGUGUCAUCAAGGGGGCACGUUAUGUCUGCCACAGCGGUGGCCACUGCCCCAUGGACACCUACAUGCGUCGCAAGUGCCAGGAGUGUCGACUUCGCAAAUGCCGCCAGGCUGGCAUGCGAGAGGAGUGUGUCCUGUCAGAAGAACAGAUCCGCCUGAAGAAACUGAAGCGGCAAGAGGAGGAGCAGGCUCAGGCCACAUCCGUGUUGCCAAGGGCUUCCUCACCUCCUGAGGUCCUGCCCCAGCUCAGCCCCGAACAACUGGGCAUGAUUGAGAAGCUGGUUGCCGCCCAACAACAGUGCAAUAGACGCUCAUUCUCCGAUCGGCUUCGAGUCACGCCUUGGCCCAUGGCACCAGAUCCCCAGAGCCGGGAGGCCCGUCAGCAGCGCUUUGCCCACUUCACCGAGCUGGCCAUCGUCUCUGUGCAGGAGAUCGUUGACUUUGCCAAGCAGCUGCCCGGCUUCCUGCAGCUCAGCCGGGAGGACCAGAUCGCCCUGCUGAAGACCUCUGCCAUUGAGGUGAUGCUUCUGGAGACAUCUCGGAGGUACAACCCUGAGAGUGAGAGUAUCACCUUCCUCAAGGAUUUCAGUUAUAACCGGGAAGACUUUGCCAAAGCAGGGCUGCAGGUGGAGUUCAUCAACCCCAUCUUCGAGUUCUCCAGAGCCAUGAAUGAGCUGCAACUCAACGAUGCCGAGUUUGCUUUGCUUAUUGCCAUCAGCAUAUUCUCUGCAGACCGGCCCAAUGUGCAGGACCAGCUCCAGGUAGAGAGGCUGCAACACACAUAUGUGGAGGCCCUGCAUGCCUACGUCUCCAUCCACCACCCCCAUGACCGACUGAUGUUCCCAAGGAUGCUAAUGAAACUGGUGAGCCUCCGGACACUGAGCAGCGUCCACUCAGAGCAAGUGUUUGCACUGCGCCUACAAGACAAAAAGCUUCCCCCGCUGCUCUCUGAGAUCUGGGAUGUGCACGAAUGACUGCUCUUCCCCCAUACCUUCUGUUUUCUGGGCCCAACUGUCUGAGGCCCUGUGGCCGCCUCUUAGAGGUGGAAAUGACUGAGAAGGGGAAACAUUCCCAAGGGGUGGGGGAAGUCAGGGGAGGUCCUCAUGGGGUAUUAAAAGAGAGUCAAAGG